AUGAAUGCACUUUGGGCGAAGAACAAAAUUGGAUUCAUUAAUGGCACACUCAAGAAUCUGAAUGGGACAAAAACUGCAAAACUUCAUGCCUGGAUGAAAUGCAACUCUAUGGUAGUUUCCUGGAUUUACAAUGCUUUGGCAAAAGAAUUGCAUGAAAGUGUGGCUUAUGAGAAUCUCUCUGUCUCCAUCUAUUUCACAAAAUUGAAAGCAAUUUGGGAUGAACUUUCAAUCUACACACCAGGGCUGAUCUGUUCAUACCCCUGUUCUUGUGAAGCUUCAAAAGAUUUCCAUGUUGAAAGAGAUAAAGAAAAGGUCUAUCAGUUCUUGUUGGGGCUUAGUGACCGCUUCAACAACAUCAGAUCUUACAUUCUGAGUAUGGAACCCCUGCCCAUGGUAACCAAAGUUUAUGCCAUGGUUUCACAAGAUGAAAGACACCAAGCAUUAGUCUCACAUCAAGGCUUGACCAUGGAAGCAGCUGCUCUUCACGUAGCUGGACCAUCCAAACCCAACAACAGUAAAAGCAUUAAAGAUCACCCCAAAAUCAAGUGCGAUCAUUGCAAGAAACCUGGACAUAGCAAGGACAGAUGCUAUGAACUGCAUGGUUACCCACCUGGCUGGGAAUCAAAGUGA